AUGCCAGAUAUUGAAUAUGAUGGUUUUGAAUUUUAUUCCAGUCAAGAUCCGUUUGAACUCGAGUAUGUAAUUGAACAGUUUGAGUUUCGGCGAUGUUGGAAAUCGAAAACGAAAGGAAGAAAAUCUUCUUUUUCAAUUUCAUCGAAAACCGCUCGGUCUCAAUCGAUAUCUAUCAAAUUCCACUCAGUUAAUUGUACAAAGAAGCCAUCUGGAAAUAAAACAAGAAACCAAAAAUCUCGUAUACGAAAUUCAAAUAGAUUUGGAUGUGAUCAACAAUUACAAGCUAAAACAAAAUCCAAUUCGACGACAUUAACCGAAGAAUCUAAACAAACUUUUUCCAUUUUUCGUCGUCGAUUCUAUCAAAAAUAUCGUGAUGCCAUCAAAGCUUCCCUCAAAAACAAUUCUGAUAUCAAAAUAACCGACAUUCGCCUCGCGCACGUGAAUAAAUCAGUUCAAGAUGAUUUUAUGAAAACAUUGGCAAAACAAUCCUCACAUCACCCACAAUUAGUUUAUCAUGGCACAAAAUCAAAUAAUAUCGAAGGCAUUCUACAAUAUGGAUUCUUAAUUCCAGAAGUGCCACAUCCAACCAAUGCAGAUGCACCUAUAAUUCAAAUGAUAAAUGGCGCAGUUCAUGGCACAGGAGUCUAUUGCAGUUAUACUGCUGAUUACUCUUUGUAUUACUCGGACGAUAUUAAUACUCUAUUGGCAUGCGCCGCUAUACCACAUCAACACACGAAUGGGCGUAUUCACCGUCGUCAUGGAAACAUUUUAGUUUUAUCGAAUGUAUCACAAAUUGUACCAUUAUUCUUAGUGGAUUUUGAGUUUCAAAACCGAUCUCAGAUGAACUAUCCUUACUUUAAACAACAUCAACUCGAUGAACAUGACGAAAGAAAACGACGAACUGUUUGUUUGAGAAAGUAUUUCCAAAAAAUUUUAAAUUAUCUGAAUGAUCAAUCACGGAGUCAAAGUCGAUAUCAACUACGAAUAGUUGAUUUCCAUGAGUAG